GGAAACGGUCGAGAAAGGAGGAGAUUAAUUAACCACAGACGCCAUGGGAAGGUCUCCAUGCUGCGAGAAAGCUCACACCAACAAGGGAGCAUGGACCAAGGAGGAAGAUGACCGUCUGAUCGCCUACAUCCGUACCCAUGGCGAGGGAUGCUGGCGCUCUCUCCCCAAGGCCGCCGGCUUGCUUCGUUGCGGCAAGAGCUGCCGCCUCCGCUGGAUAAACUACCUGCGCCCCGAUCUCAAGCGUGGCAACUUCACCAAGGAAGAGGACGAGCUCAUCAUCAAGCUCCAUAGCCUCCUUGGCAACAAAUGGUCUCUCAUAGCAGGAAGGUUGCCAGGGAGGACGGACAACGAGAUAAAGAACUAUUGGAACACACACAUUAGAAGGAAGCUGUUGAAUCGGGGAAUUGACCCCGCCACGCACCGUCCGAUCCAUGCACCUCUUUCGGACUUCACCAUCACUUUUGCGGAGAGAGAGAAGAAGGGUGUGGGAAUUCUUCGGCGCGAGGAAGAGAUGUCUAGCAGCAGCAGCGAGGAGUCGUCAUCUUGGCAGCAAUACAAGCACCUGGAUCUAAAUUUAGAGCUGUCUAUAAGCCCUCCGUUCCAAGAAGCAGUUCAGCCCAUCGAGGAGGAGAGGAGACUUUGUUCCAACUGCAUGAGCUUGGGGCUGCAGAAGAGCCAGGAGUGCAAGUGUAAUAGCUUUCUUGGGCUCCUUACUGGGAGUCUUAGACUAUAGAACCGUCGAGAUGAAAUGAAAUGCUUACUAAUUAGUCUCCUA